AUGUUUCCAGUAGUGCUCCAUUGGCUCGUUGAUGGAUCAUAUAUUUCACAAGUAGCAGUAGCCGACGAUCCCGUGUUACCACCAGUGACAAGAACUGUGCCCGAAUUUAACAGGGUUCCACAAACAACAGUCAAGUUUGAAGAACACCUCAAUAAUCGUCAAAUAUAUUAUAUUAAAACGUUGCAAGAUGUAAUGAUACGACCAUUAUCAGCAAAAGUUAUACAAGCAACAACAACAGUGCCUCAAGUGACGACGGCUAUCUUUACACCAUUAUCAAGAGUGAUGGACAAACAACAUGUUGUGGUCCCACAUGCAUUAUUAUUUGUCAACCACAAUAUAACACCAGUAUCAUUAUUAAACACAACCAAAUCAGCUAAAACAAUAGUUAAAGCACGAAUCUAG